AUGUCUGACUAGCUAGCUUUUUUUUUGUGUGACUUGACUAAAUAUUGCACUUAUCUCAGACUUUUUUUUUGUGUGACUUGCCUCAGCAGGACCCCUCUAGAGCUUUGUCAUACUUCUGACUUAUUAUUAUUAUAGCUAAUAUAAUAUAGCUAGCGUUUGUUCCAGCCAGCAGCUAAGUUAGCUAGCUAACGUUAUAACAACACACUUUUUCAACACCGUCCCCAACUUGAGUUUAUCGGAGUUUGACCUUUUUUCCACAUUUGACUGCAUGUGCCUGAGAGUCUGACGCUGCAUCUCUUCAAUGGCUGCCUCGGGCUCUUCCUCCACCUCUGUGCCUGAGGGUUUCCACUACGAGACCAAGUACAUCGUCCUCAACUACCUGGGACUCCUGCCCCCCUUCCGGCUACAGGCCACCGCUGGCGGAGGAGAUUGCCAGUAUGCUGUGGACAGAGAGAGGAACAGAGUAAUGAAGGGACAGAUAGAGGAAGAGCUGAGGCAACUGGAAGAUGAGAUCUCAGCCUCCUUUUCCAGUACAGGCUUCGACUGCGAUACGUCUCCAGUGUUUAGCCCAGCCAACCCAGAGAGCUCCAUCGAGGACUGCCUGGCUGUUCUGGGCGACCGGGUGGCCAGAGACCUGGAGACACACCUGGCAUCUACUGUACACACACUCCUCAGUGCCCCGCUGGACUACGAGCGUUUCAGAGAAGCAGCACAAGACGUCUCCUGCCACACGCAGAGUGGCUGGAGCAAGGUGCUGGUGCCAUUGGUGCUGCUGCAGGCCCUCCAGGGAGAAGGACAGAUCCUGGCCCACCUGCUACCUCUGGGGGUCCGUUUCCUGGAGGAGGCUGAGGCAGACUACAUCAUCCAGCAGGGAGGAUGGGGUACAGUGUUUAGCCUGGAGGAGGAGCAAGGCGUGAUCAUAACCGAGGACAGCAACGACAUCUACAUCCUGUCUGGAGAGCAGCUUCCUGGCCAGCUCAGUCCCCCCGCAUCGCUGCUGGGCACCGGAGACAGCAGUGGGCCGGGCAGCUGGCAAACGGAGAGCUUACCCGUGUCUCUGGCAGGCAACGAUUCCUGGGCACAGGUGAGCAUGAUGGACCACCCCGAAGACGUCAAGAGUCUGGACAGCAACGAGGGCGCCCUGGCUGAGGAGCGCAGUGAGAACAACUCCUCCAACUCUGACAUCGUGCAUGUGGAGCGAGAGGACGCAGAGGAGGGUGAGGGCGGGGCCGAGUUGCAGGAGAGCAUGCUGAGCGUGCUGGGGACGGAGAGCGAGCUGGCUGAGCUGAGGGCGGAGUUUAGGGAUGACACUCCGCCUCCUGUCCUAGCAGCCCCAGAGCCUGUGGUGGUAUAUCUUGAGGAGCCGGUCAUCAUAGAGACGCCUGCUCCCCUGUCGGCGGUUCGGUCAGAGCCGCGUGCCCCAUCCCCUGUCCCAGUGUCAGAGCCCCCUGCUCCAGCCCGUAUGGUUGAGCCUGCCCCUGUUGUGGAGGCAGCACCCCCAUACCCCGCCAAGGCGCCCUCUACUCCCCCACCAGCAGAGCCAGUUCCAGAACCAGAGCCCGUUCCAGAACCAGUCGCAGCACCACCCCAACCAGAGCCCGUUCCAGAGCCAGAUCCAGAGGAGCCCCAGCCUGAACCUCAGUCAGAGACUGUGCUGGAGCUGGCUGCAGCGCCCAUCCUGGAGGCACUCCCAGCCCCUGUGGAGGCCCCUGUGGCCCCUGCCGAGGAGCCCCCGGUGCAGACGGAACCAGAGCCCAAGUCAGAGAUCCCAGUGCUGCUGUAUGGUGGAGCCGCUCUGGUGGCCCUAGCUGCUGUGGUGGCCUGGGGAGUCAUGACCUACCGGAAGAAGUAGCCUAGCAGGAAGAACCGGGCCCCAGACCUCCCCUCCUCCCUGGUCCCUGCCUGGUUCACUGCUGGUAAUCGGGGCUGCUGUGCUGCCACCACCAGGUGGACACACCAUGUGAACAAUUACUUAUUUUCCCUCUCUCCAUUUUUGUUUUCCCCGUUCUCAUCUCUGCUCAUCUGGCGUUUUGAGAUGUUUGUCUUCAGUUGUACAUUGCUGCCUCCAACCCAUCAACUCUCAAACUGGAAAGGACAUUUGUAUUAUUUUUUUCUCACGGUUUCUCUGUUGUUUUCCAGGUGCUUGGUUCUGUUCUGUGCCAUCCGGAUGCACGUCACAGAUACACCCUGUAUGUUACCCUCUCGGCUGGAGCUUGGGGUACCUCUUUGUCCUUAGAGCCUAGUGGGUGUAGCGCAGAAGAGUCAGAAUUCCCUGUUCUGUUGCAAGGAAGGGAAGGGAAAAGGGUAGCUAUUCCAAUAUUCAUAUAGAAAAAUCUAAGUUCUGACCACAUUAUGUCCUCUGAAAAGCAAACCUUUCUUCAAGGAUUAGAUGGGCAUGGUUUUUUAUUUUUACGGGCAAUUAACUGAUCAUGAUUAGACUUUUGAUUAGUUUUUAGAAUUACAGUAUGUAUGUGAUAUAAGAAUAUAAGAUUAACUGUACUGGAGACCCUGAUGUGCCUAUAGAAGUAUGUCUGCAGAAUUGAGCCCCAUAAAGGGACAAUAUUGUUCAUAAAGCACUUGAUUGGGAUUAAUAAUAUCACACUAAAAUGG